GGCAGUUUGGUGUUUGUGGUUGGAAAAAUGGAUGGAUUGCUGACGGUCAGCGGACGCAGACAUAACGCCGACGACAUCGUAGCGACCGGAUUGGCAGUAGAGGCAAUAAAAACAGUUUACAGAGGAAGGAUUGCUGUGUUCUCAGUGUCCGUCUUCUACGACGAGAGGAUCGUGGUGGUUGCCGAGCAGAGGCCAGAUGCGUCUGAAGAGGACAGCUUCCAGUGGAUGAGCCGAGUGCUGCAGGCGAUCGACAGCAUUCACCAAGUGGGUGUAUAUUGCCUCGCCCUGGUGCCAGCCAACACGUUGCCAAAAACCCCGUUGGGAGGGAUCCAUAUCUCUCAAACUAAACAGCACUUUCUGGAGGGCUCUCUGCAUCCCUGCAACAUCCUCAUGUGCCCACACACGUGUGUGACGAACUUGCCAAAACCCAGGCAAAAACAACCAGGCGUUGGCCCUGCCUCUGUGAUGGUGGGGAACCUGGUUGCUGGGAAGCGUAUUGCUCAAGCCUCUGGCAGAGAUCUUGGUCAAAUAGAAGACAAUGAUUUAGUUAAAAAGCACCAGUUCCUGACAGAGGUAUUGCAGUGGAGGGCUCAAGCGACUCCUGACCACCCGCCCCUGUUUUUGUCUCCUUUCAAGGGAACCACUGUGUGCACAGCCACCUGCCUUCAGUUGCACAAAAAAGCGGAGAGAAUUGCAUCAGUCCUGUGUGACAAAGGACAUCUCAAUGCGGGGGACAACGUGGUGCUGCUCUAUCCUCCCGGCAUUGAGCUCAUCACUGCGUUCUAUGGCUGUCUGUACGCUGGCUGCAUCCCUGUGACCGUGAGACCACCUCAUGCUCAGAGCCUCACUGCUACUCUGCCCACCGUGCGAAUGAUCGUGGAAGUCAGCAAAGCUGCCUGUAUUCUCACAACCCAGACCUUAAUGCGGCUCCUGAAGUCCAGGGAGGCAGCUGCCGCUGUAGAUGUGAAGACCUGGCCAACCAUCAUUGAUACAGAUGACUUGCCCCGGAAGCGGCUCUCCCAGAUCUAUAAGCCACCUACGCCUGAAAUGUUAGCAUAUCUGGAUUUUAGCGUUUCCACCACAGGCAUGCUCACAGGAGUAAAGAUGUCCCACGCAGCAGUGAGUGGCCUGUGCAGGGCAAUCAAGCUGCAGUGUGAGCUCUACUCCUCUCGGCAGAUUGCAAUUUGUCUCGACCCCUAUUGUGGACUCGGGUUUGUGCUCUGGUGCCUCUGCAGUGUGUAUUCUGGACACCAGUCAAUUUUAAUUCCUCCUAUGGAGCUGGAAUCCAACCUUUUUCUCUGGUUAUCUACUGUCAGCCAGUAUAAAAUAAGGGACACUUUCUGUUCCUAUUCAGUCAUGGAACUGUGCACAAAGGGACUUGGAAACCAAGUUGAAAUGCUGAAGGCACGAGGAAUUAAUCUCUCCUGUGUCCGGACUUGCGUGGUAGUAGCAGAGGAACGGCCGCGAGUUUCUCUCACUCACUCCUUCUCCAAACUCUUCAAAGACAUCGGCCUGUCCUCUCGUGCUGUAAGCACCACCUUCGGGUCGAGAGUCAACGUCGCCAUCUGUUUACAGGGAACAUCGGGACCCGAUCCCACCACGGUGUACGUAGAUCUGAAAUCCUUGAGACACGACAGAGUACGUCUGGUGGAAAGGGGAGCUCCGCAGAGCCUGCUGCUUUCCGAGUCUGGGAAGAUCUUGCCUGGAGUCAAAGUAGUCAUUGUAAAUCCUGAGACGAAAGGGCCUCUUGGAGAUUCUCAUCUCGGGGAGAUCUGGGUAAACAGUCCGCACACGGCCAGCGGCUACUACACGAUCUACGACAACGAGACCCUUCAAGCUGACCACUUCAACACUCGCCUGAGCUUCGGCGACGCUGCUCAGACCCUCUGGGCUCGCACUGGAUACCUUGGGUUUGUCCGGCGGACGGAGCUCACGGCUGCCAGCGGAGAGCGCCACGAUGCACUCUACGUUGUUGGAGCGCUGGAUGAAACCUUGGAACUGCGGGGGCUGCGGUACCAUCCGAUUGACAUCGAGACGUCGGUGUCUCGAACGCACAGAAGCAUUGCUGAGUGUGCCGUGUUCACGUGGACCAACUUGCUUGUGGUGGUCGUGGAGUUGUGCGGCUGCGAACAGGAAGCCCUGGAUUUAGUUCCCCUGGUUACCAAUGUGGUCCUGGAAGAACAUUACCUAAUUGUGGGAGUGGUGGUGGUAGUGGAUCCUGGAGUUAUUCCUAUCAAUUCCAGAGGAGAGAAACAACGGAUGCAUCUCCGCGACAGCUUCCUGGCUGAUCAGUUAGACCCCAUCUAUGUAGCCUAUAACAUGUAACGUGUAUGGGGGAGGGGACGUUCGGAACCUUUGCGGGACCACUGAGUGACAGGGGUGGCUGUAGACACGAAGCUGGUGAAUAUUACUAAUACUUGAUGUAAAGUUUGAGAUUGCUGCCAUAUUCCCUCCAUCUCAUCCUGUGGUAAUUAAGAUCACGUUAAUGACCAACGGGCAGCCCGGAAUGUGGUAGACAAUGGCAAACGGUGGUAACAGUUUACUGAAAUAUUAGCUUUCUAGAAAAUGCAAAGUUGACAAGUGUGUGAGCUACAAAAUUCCUAAGGCCUUGGCAGUAGUGUUACUUUUUUCAUCUGUUGUACAUAUUUGUAUUUUUAUCUAAUACCGGUUUAGGAUUCUCUAAGG